AUGGAGAAUUUGGGAAGAAGUAGAGAAAUGUAGAUUUUUCAUUUUUAUUUUAAGGGGAUAUAAAAAAAUAUAUUAAUAAAAUAACUAAAAGAAACACUAAAUAAGGGAAUUUUUUAAAAAAAUUAAAAAAGAUACGACAUUCACUUAAAUUGUAAAUACCACAAAGUUAAAAAGUUAAAUUAAAGAUGGGGGAGGUGUGAUAGUAAUGACGAAUCUUUUUAGUUAAAGAUCAAAAUUUAAAUAUAAAAGAAACAGAAUGUCUGGACAACCUCAUUUCAAGUAAAGAAGCAUCAUAAUAUUUAGUUUUCUGAAUAUGUCGAAUUUCGGGAUGUUAAAUUCCUAAAACACUUAAAUAGUUUAGAUGUAUGAGAAAGCAAUUAAAGAUGCUCUGAGCAGUGUGCAUUUAUAAAAAUUAGGAAAAAAACAACUAUAAUAAAUUGCAAAAGAACUGAAUAUACCAGAAAAAAAAAAAAAAGAAGAAAUAAUAGGAUUGAUUCCCAAAUAGCUCCUAUAAAUUUUGAUAUCAAUGGAGCCUUCCAGACCUGUAGAAUAACUUGUGCAACACCAUCCAAGCCUCCAAAACAACGAGACUAUUAUGGCCAUAUUAAAAAAGUUAUAAGGAAGCAUAAUCAACAGACCAUCAUAAUUCUAACAAUAACCUCAAAUGAGAGGAGCUGUUAAUAUACCAUAAAUUCUACCUAAUCUGACUAAUCCAUACCUCAAUUAUGUAUUGAAUAGAUUUAUAUUAAAGAUGGUACUCCCAUAAGCACAAUAACAAGCUUAAUAAUAAAUAUUAGCAUAAUACCCUCCAAUUAUGAAUAUGAAUCUGUAUCAAUAACAAAUGAGGUAAAAUCCAUAGCAAUAAUUUUACUAUCAAUAUAACAGUAUGUUUUAUGCAUAAUUUAGAUCAAUGGAAUGAUCCACUUGUUGUUCCACAAACUGAAAUGUAAUAACUCCUCAUGUGUCCAUGUAAGUAAGAAAAUUCUUAAUAUUCCCAGAAUAAUUCCCGCCAAAAGACUAUCAAAUGAGGAAGUUAAAUGUAUUAAUUGCGAUAACAAACUACACAUUUCUUGUUUAAAAUUGCAGCCAUAAGAUAUUAAGAUGUUUGAAUGUCCUGUUUGCAUUCUCAGUAAAAUAGAUCCACUUAACUAAAUCAUCAAAGUUCUCUCUAAACCAACUUUGAUUAAUACUACAUAAAGCACACUUCAAUUUUAACUAUCUCCAGAAGAAUUUCAGUAUUAUCCAUAUAUAAUUAAACUUAGUCAAUUAUAAGAUCGAUCGUUUUAAUAGUAGGUUGAAUUGAGAUCUAUUAGAUUAGAUGCUAAAUAUAUGAAUGAAAUCACUUGGCCUGAUUUUUGUGAAAUUUAAAUCAAUCAACAACGUCUAAUUGAAUUUAAACCACUUAAAUCUAACAGUAGUCUUAAAAAAAGAAAAGAUGAAAUUUAGAUCAUCCCUUUAUAGCAAAACAAUUUAACUUUAUCUCUCAAAUCAGGUUAUAAUCAAAUCCUUAUUAAAGAAGCACAAAACUUUUAAGAACCUAAAUCCCAAUUUAAAUUAUGUGAAGAGUAUUUAUAUUAAAUUUAUUUUAGUGGUGUUUAUGCUUAAGCUAUAUAUCUUACCAAAAAACGACCUCAUUAAGAAUUAAUCAAUUAAAUUAAAUAGAAUAAAGAUUCUCAUAAAAUUAAAGAAGAAUGUAUUCAACUUAUUCAAAAAGCAUGUCUCACUGAAAAAACUGAUAAUGAUGUUCAAAUUGAUAAAAUUACUAUCAAAGCUUCCCUUAAAUGUCAAUUUGAUUCUUAGAUGAUUUAAGUAUAUUUAUUUUAUUUAUUAUUAGACUCCUGCAAGAGGUAGGUUUUGUACUCAUGUUUAAUGUUUCUCUCUUGAAAAUACUAUUACUAUUAAUGCUGGAACAUCAAGAAAGUGGAAAUGCCCUGUUUGCAAAAAAAAGAUUUUUGAUAUCAUUAUUGAUUAAUACUAAUUGUAGUUACUUGAAAAAUAUAGAAAUAAUAAAGAAAAUAUUAAGGAAGUUGUUUUCGAUUAAAAUGUAAAUUAUUAAAUUUUAUACUUAGGGAGAAAUUGUUUAAGAAAUUAAAGAAGAAUUAGAAGAAUCUGAAGAAGAAUAAAUCAGUCUUAAUAAACAGAAUUUAUCAGAAGAAUAAUAAAAACAAAUUUUUUAAUAAUAAUAAAUGAAUGAUCCUACUUUUCUUUCAAGACAACUUUUACUUCAUCCUUUCAUGUAAUUGUAUUAAAAAUAAAUUGGAUAAUUUACUGUCUUACAAUAAUAACAAUAAAUCUAAUAAUAAUAAAUGCAAUAAAAAGAAAAAAAUGAAAACAUUAAUUCUUCUUAAAAUAAAGCAUAGUUAAAAUAAUUAGUUGAGUCUAAUCUAUCCAAUAUUGAAGCAAAGUAAAAUACUUUAUAAUCUCAACUAUCUUCUUAGACAAUCACUAAGCCUAAAUUCAUCAAAUUCAAAAAAUAUGAUGCUUGGUUGGAUGAGUUGUCUCAAUAAGAACUUGUUUAAAAGCAAUUAGAAAAAUAAAUAAAUGAGUAAUAAUUAAAUGAAGAAUAAUAAAAUUUGGAAUUACAAUAAUCAUAAUAAUAAUAAGAUUAAUUAUAAUAAAAAUAGUCAUCUUAGUAAUAAUAAUCAUAGUAACAGUAAUAAUAACAGUAACAGUAAUUAUAAUUGUAAUUGUAAUAGUAAUAACAAUAAUAGUAAUUGUAAUUGUAAUAGUAAUAAUAGCAACAAUAAUUAUAAUAACAAUAAUAACAGUAACAAUAAAAUACUAAUUAAGAAGGUGAGAAACCAAUUUAAAAGUCUAAUAGAUUAAAAGAAAGAAUGGUUAGGGUAAUCAAAAAGUAAUUUUCAGAAUUUAUUAGGAAAAAUUUUGCCAAUAAUAUGAAUAUUACUACUGAGAAUAACAAUAAGAAUCCUUAAUAACCAUAAUAACCAUAAUAGCCAUAAUAACCAUAAUAAAUAUAAUAAACAUAAUAAACAUAAUAAUAAUAAUAAUAAAGUGCAAACAAGAAAUACGUUUAUAAACUCUCUGAAGAAAAGCCUAAAAUCAAUACUAGUGCUCAAUUUACAAAAAUGUUGGCUGAUUAGAUCAUAAUGCAAAAUCCUGGUUAAAUUGAAAAGCAUCAUGAAGAUAUAAAAGCUAUUGGAGAAGAAUAGUUAAAAAGUUUAUAAGUUUUUCUUCCUUAAGGAUUUCCUGCUCCAUAAAAUGUAUUUCAAUAAUCACUAAUCAAUUAAAAAUAAUAAGAUUCUAGCACUAUAAUAUAAAAAGCUUUAAGUAAUUAAAAUCCUCCAAUAGGACAAUAAUAAUAAUUAUAGCAACAAUAACAAUCGUAAUAAUAAGUAAUUCCUUAACCAAAAAUGAAAGAAAAACCUUUACAAAAGAUAAAAUCAACUCAGCCGAGCAGUAGUCAAGAGGACAAAAAUGGAAAAGAUUUAGAAAAUCCAAUUUGUAUAGAUUGAUC